AGCCUGGGUGGCCUUGUUUGUUCUCUCUCUCUCUCUCUCUCUCUCUCUCUCUCUCUCUCUCUCUCUCCCUCUCUCUCUCUCUCUCUCUCUCCCCAUGUUGUGCUAUCAAAGUACAAUGUGUGUAUAACGGUUUAUGGUCACAGAGCGCAGCACACAAACACACACACAGUGGAACAGUAACAGUGAAGGAACUUCCCGUUAGAAGAUGCAGAGUUUUGGGACAUGGGCAGUGGCAGUAGCAGCAGCACUGGUGAUCAGUCUGAUGGGAGUACACACUAAACACCUGGUAGCUGAGAACACCCAUCUCCUGACCUCUGAAGAGCACAAGAUGGUCCUCAACCAGGGAAUGAAAGAGUACCCCAGGGAUUGCUAUGAGAUGUUGAUGGGUUCAGGGGGUCAGGCCAGAGAUGGAGUGUACUUGAUUCAGCCAGCUGACUACCCCAUCCUGGCCUACUGUGCCAUGCAAGAUGGUGGUUGGACCGUAGUGCAGCACAUCACGGUUAACAGCAGCGUGGACUUCGACCGCACCUGGGUCGAAUACAAGCAGGGUUUCGGGGUGCUGAAUGGUGACCACUGGCUGGGGAACGAACACCUCCACCAUCUCACCCGAGGGCCAGGACGCUACAAGCUGGGGGUCAAGCUGGUGGACAAAGAUGCCGUCGCCAAGAUUGGCGAGUAUGACCCUUUCAUGGUGGAGGACGAGCGGUCUGGGUUCAGGCUGCGUCUUGGUCUGUUCCAGGGCUCUGCCUUAGACGCUCUCACCCAGGACACAGAGAACUACCUGCAUGACAACCAGAGGUUUACCACCAAGGACCGAGACAAUGACAACUACUUCCAAAACUGUGCUAAGCUGGAGUUCCAGGGUGUGGCGGGAGGGGGCUGGUGGUACGACGCCUGUGCUGGGGCCAACCUCAACCGCAGGAACGUGAUCUACUGGCAGAAGGACUGCAACAAAGAGCACCUGUGUAAAUACGCCUGGAUGAUGGUAAAGCCCUCAGACACAGUAAAGGUGGUCCACACUGGGGACUGUAAGAAGGAUGAACUGUGAGUCUGUUGUCUGGAGAUUAGGUUGAUCUAUACCAUCUGUGGUUAUUCUAACGCAGUGGUUCUCAAAACAUUGUUUACGUAAUAGAGACAAUAGUUCAACACAUUUAAUUCAGAAAUACAUAGAGACAUAUGAUCACAAAAUGCUGUAAACAAAAGUGUAAAAAAAAGAUCUAUAGUUAUUUUGGGGACUUCAUACACUUAUAUCUCCCCCUCUACCUUUCCCCCAGAACUGUAUGUCUAAAUGAUCACAGACCACAUUUUGUGGUCAUUAUAUCAUAGCUUAUUACACAUGUAAAACCAUUUUUGCUAUAUUUAUUUACUCACCUAAUAUCACUGAACGAAAAACAAGAUAUACUGGAUCAAAAUAAGAUUCAAUCCAGUAAGUUUACAGUAGAUUUUCUGAUGACACAUUUGAUUAAAUAACUAGAUUUUAACAUUUUUUGAUGGUUCUGGUCAAUUGAAAUUCUGUAAAUGUAAUGUCUAGCAAUGGGGACAUGAGAAUUAUACAGCACAGAAUGACCAAAACAAAAGCCUGUCUCCUCAGUACAGACAGACGUUAAACACAUUCUAAUGAAUACAUGACACAGAACAGUGCAUGAAUCAAAGCCUACGGUCUCCCACUCAGUAUGGAUGUAAAUGUUGAGGGCUGUCACUGUACUGAGUGACUUAUAGUGACCCUGGACAGAUUAAAUCACUCCCUGAUAUGAUCCCAUGCUUAGGCCUGAACUGAACCCACUAUGAUUGAUUAAAGGCUAAUCCUUAUCUGACAAGUAAUUUGUCAGGUGUAUACUUUAUGCGGAAGUGUCCCAUAAACCAUUGCAUGAAAUCACGUGUUUUACACAGUUUAUGUGCAGAUUAAAGCUGCUGAGUUGAGAGUAAGACUAAUCGUUAUAGAAUUUAUAGAAUUUGAUAUUGAAAACUCAGCAUUUACUUUAAUCAAAUCUCUUCCCCUCUGUUUCUGUGGUGUCUGGAUUCAUUUGGAUUGAGGGAUGAAUACAUUUGUACUGUAUAUGUGUUUGUGCUUGUGUAUUGGUGGAAAUAUUGGCUGUUGAAUGUUUGAUUAUUAGUAUCUGACAAAAGUCAAUGGUACAUGUGAACAAGGCUUUGAUGAUCAGAGUGUACAAGCAUUUGUUAUCCAGCUCACUCUGAAAUCAAGUCAAGAACUGUGAUAGCCCUUAAAAUAAACACAAUGUAGUCUAACAUAAUGCCUAGAAAACAUUCAGAACAUGUUUUUCUAUGAAAUAUCUCCAACUGUUUUGUGCAUGUUGGGUUAUUUUUAAUAUUUACAUGUUCAAUUAUGUAUUGGUGUACAGUAUCAGCAUUUGGGGCAAGAUUAUCAAACACUUCUGAAUUCCUUGUGAGCAGUGAUCAAGGUAUUGAUUAAAGAACAAUACCAUUGACAAACUAGAGUCUUGUCUCUAACCUUUGCACUUUUGACACACCCUACAUGUAGACAUAACUCAAAUACUGACAGAAAUAUUUCCACAUCUAUCGAGUCAUAUAGUCUUCAUACUCGUUCCUCUGAAAGGAAGGUGUGAAUGGCUCAUGUUAGCUUGCUGCUCACAACAGGGUUUUGCCCAUACCAGUAGAGUUUCUCUUCCACUCUCUUCUUCUUCCACUGACAGAGCAGCAGCAUGCGGAAGGUCUUCUGGAAGGUCUUGUUACAGAGGGCGUAGCACAUUGGGUUGACUGUACUGUUGACAUAGCACAGCCAGUAGCCCAGGUGCCAGAGAGACACAGGGAUACAGUCAGAGCAGAAGGUGGAGAUGAGCACCAUGAUGUUGUAUGGUGUCCACGUCAGGAUAAAGGCCAGCAGGAUAGCACUGAGAGUCUGGGCAGCCUUCCUCUCCUUAAUCAGCACCAUCCUCUUCCUCUUGGUCAGCUGGAUCUUCAGAGUGGUGUCUAUUGGCUUGGAGGAGGAGGUGGAGGGUGGGGCACUCAUAGAUUCAGCUGAAGAGAAAGAUGAUGGGGCCAUGUUAGUGUCCCCAUUCUUGCUCUGCUGGGCACCGCUGCUAGUGUCUUUGGGAACUGGUUUAAACUUGUAGGACACACACUUCUUGCUCUUCUGGGAGUUGGUCUUUGGUGGCGUGUGGAUGAAGUUGUUCUCCUCAUAACUGCUGAGCUGUUCUUUAUCACAGCCCGCUGCACCCGUGCUCUGCCUACACUCCUGGUUCCGGCAGGUGGGCUGAAAGGCCCCCGGGGACACGGGCCGCUCCUCGUCCUCCGAGGAGGCAUAGCUGUUGAAGGUGGUCAGCUGGUCACUCUUGGACCACUCGUCAUUGGUGGCUGCUGCUGAUUUGGCUGCAUUGCUCCUGUUGGAGGAGGACCAGGAGGCCUGGGUUCUGUCCCGGGAGGCAGAGCUGAGCUGCUUGCAGUUGAAGCAGGAUCUAAUGAUGGUUUUCUGGGGCUUGGUGACACCAGUGUCUGUGGAACUGUUGAUGCCCUGGAGCUCAGCGAGGUCCUUGGUGCGACGUUCCGUCUCCUUGUAGAUCCGACAGUACAGGAUGGUCAUGAUUGACACUGGGAUGUAAAACGCAGCAAUGGCUGUCCCAAAUGUUAUCACUGGCUCUGAGAAGAACUGGAUCUGACACUGCCUUUCAGGGACUGUCCUUUUCCCCACAAAAUACUGCCAGCAAAGUAUGGGAGGGGCCCACAGGAUGAGGGACACCAGCCAGGCCAUGCCUAUCAUGACCCCAGCCCGUUUGGGGGUGCGCUUGGCUCUGUAGGUCAGGGGUCUGGUGAUGGAGAAGUACCGGUCAAAACUGAUUACCAGCAGGUUCAUCACUGACGCAUUACUGGCCACGUAGUCCAAAGCCAACCAGAGGUCACAAGCCACACUCCCCAGCGCCCAGUAUCCCAUCAGUAUGUAGGAGGUGUAGAGGUUCAUAGAGAACACACCUAUAAUGAGGUCAGCUACUGCCAAACUCAGCAGGUAGUAGUUGUUGACUGUCUUCAGCUGGCUGUUUACCUUAAACGACAGCAUCACCAGGACGUUCCCCACUAUCGUAAUCAGGCUCACGAUGGCCGACACAGUUGCUAUGGUUAUAACCUCCCAUAGACUGUGUGUGCCAGGGGGGAUGUCUGAUGCAUUGCCAUGUAUGGAUAAGUUCUGUAUUCCCCCACCUUCCAUGUUGUUUCUCUAAUGUUGUCCUUAUUGUGGUAUGAGUGGUAUGGCUAUGAGAGAGUAAUCUGUUGGGUAUGCCAUCUUGAGUAGGCUAUCCUAGAAAGAAGAACAAAUAAAGUGAGUUAAUAAAAUAACAAAUGCAGUUUACAAGUGAUCUUUUCAUGCAAAGUCAAACUCCAUGUGCAGUAUAUAAAAUAAAGGGUAGUGCCAUAAAUAGUCACUAGAUGGCAGUAAUAAUCAACAAUCAUCCCCAUGAGAGUCUAGUAGUAAGUAGGGCAGCAAUGCUCACACUGGCCAAAUAUGGGGUCCAUUCACCUUGCAAAACAUCUUGUCUAGACAGUUUAAGACCUCAAUGUAAAUAAUGUGAUAACAGCACCUAAAAAGUAUGCAUGUUUGUGCUGUGUCAUAUUAAAGUGUAUGAUUCUAUUUUUGCUGCAAAAAAGCUCAGGUAGAGCUGUGUCACACAUGAAUGUCUGUAUGAACAUUUUAGGGCCAUUAGGUCAUAUAAGCACUCAGGUCUCUUUUGCUAUAGUUCUUGUGUGUUCAUCUAGUAUGUAAAGAUAUGUGUGUCUGUAUUGAGGUCUCUCACAGACAGUUUGUUACACUACAGAGGUACAUUAGCAGACAAAGAGGCUUAGCAGAUUGACACAUGGGUCAUUGUAGGCAGUCUAGCCAAAUUACACUUUUUAAAUCCAGGUCAUUAAAAUAACUAGUCCGUUGCUCAUCAAUAUCAACAAGCAUGUUUCUUGUCUGUAUUAAAUGGAUAUACUGUAGAUAUCACAGUAUUAUGUCAGUGGCUCUCUGUAACCAGGGUGACGAUGAAGUGAUUGCUUCUGAUUCUGAAUGACGAACACUGAUAUCAGUGGAGCUAAAUAAAAUGUGCUUAAGCUUUGUACUGAUGGAACAAUCAACAAACAGACAAAAGAUGACCAUGACAUUUCUGUCCCAGAGGUUGUUUGUAUUGUCUGGCGAGGCGGUGGUUUUAUCAGGGGUUUUCUCUGCCUCCUGGCUGAGUUUACCCAGCUGAAGAAGAGCAGCAUCCCAGUUCUUGGGACACGUAGUGCACCAUAUGUACUGACCGGGAUUGAUAAAACACAAUUAAACCUGGGCCUUUGCAGUUUCUCCACACACCUUUAUGAGAUGAAUCCACCUCAGAUCACUAUGGCGGUGCUAAAUCCCAAGGUCUUGGUCUCUAUAUUUCUAUCUGUUUUCCUGGCUUCAGCCUCCCCGCUCCGCUUCUGAAUGGGCUGACUGGGAUGUUUUAUUUCAAUGUCAAGACUGUUUGUGAUUAAGUAGAUUGUAGAUUAGCAACAAAAUACAGGCUACGAGGCUACCAGAAUUGUCCUUUACACUUAACACUUUUUCUCCAAAGUGACCUACAGAUUCUGAAGUGUCAUAUGUCAAAUGGCCUCCAUGGUAAUUGAACAUGCAACCUUGGAUUCGAUUCUAACCAAUUGGGUUAAAACAGAGUCCUACAUCAAGCCCUGGAGACAGGAACUUCAAGUGCUCAUUUCAGCGUUGUCCAUUUCUUCCCGGCAGGUUAUUCAGUUUAAUGAUCAUGAACUCAGGCAUUAUGUCAAUGGAACAGCACCCUUAGAGACUGUGGAAUGAAAUAAUGAUUGGAGUGAUUGCUAUCAUUUAUUCUUCCUGUGUUUCUCUGUCACAUCUGACAGCAAUCGUUUCUCCUUUCAUUUCAUUUUGUUCUUGACAAUACUGUAGGGAGGAAAAGAAAACCACAUCUCUAAUAAUAUUGAGAUGAAGAAAUGGUGUUGUUAAGAGAGAUGUGAGCAACAUUUAGUGAGUCAUAUUUGAUCUAAACUGAGUAUACCUGUCACACCCUGACCAUAGUUUGCUUUGUAUGUUUCUAUGUUUUGUUUGGUCAGGGUGUGAUCUGAGUGGGCAUUCUAUGUUGUGUGUCUAGUUUGUCUGUUUCUGUGUUUGGCCUGAUAUGGUUCUCAAUCAGAGGCAGGUGUUAGUCAUUGUCUCUGAUUGGGAACCAUAUUUAGGUAGCCUGUUUGCUGUUGGGUUUUGUGGGUGAUUGUCUCCUGUGUCAGUGUUUGUACCACACGGGACUGGUUUCGGGUUUUCACAUUUAUUGUUUUGUAGGUUGUUCUUGUGUAGUUUUUCUUAUUAAAAAACCAUGAACUUGA